AUGGUUGUGAAAGAGUUUUUGGAGGAUAAAGGGGUGCAGUUAUCUCGAUUAAAACAGUUCAGAGUAAACAAGGCAGCAGCCAGACGAAGUUUGAAACGCUUUCAGGGUGGAGAGAUUUCAGUUCCAACUCAACCAACAAAUGAUCAGAUUAGGGAAACCUUAAUGGUACGUUCAGGGGCAGCUAAUGCAAACCAAAGUGAUCACAACAAUAUGAGAGAUCUUCAUCUAUAACUGUCCAUGAAAAAGAUCCCAUGAGCUUUUUCCCUUUACUUUUAAGCACAACAAAAUUAGUAUUGCUGAUAAUUAUAAUUAAAAAAAUAAUAGUUGUAAAUAUUAUUUAUCACAAAUGUCUGUAAUAAUUUUAAAUUUAAUUUUUUCUUAUAACUAAAAGAAAAUUAUCUCUGCCAUGGUAAAUAUUCAAGGAAAUAACUAAUAAUGGUGGAUACAUGCUGAUUGAUUUGCUUGCUAAUCACACGUCUUUUACUCUGCAGAGCAAAGUUGAAAGUGGUGAAUAUGUCCUUGGUGAAAUGAUUGUCCCCCAGACAUUCAAGAAAGUAACAUUAACUAAGGAAGGACACCUUAAGACAGAAACAUUUACCGUGUCUGGCCGAAAGAUUCCUCUGUUGGAAAUCAGAAAGAGAAUGCUCAAAGAACAUGAGUCGUUGGAAAUAAUGAGAAUUUGCAAGGAUGAUUUAUAUGACUCAAUGACAGAAGAUGAACUCAGUUCAAGACUUGUGCAACUUGGUGAGGAAAGUGGGGAGGGGACUCCAUCUGAGAUGAGGAAUGGAAAGGAAAAGGCAUCUUAUAGUUUGGGGGGAUAA